AUGGAGUCAGUCGCGAUACCUCCACAAGACGACCAGCAACAGCUCGAUCCCCCGGCCCGCAUUUUCGAACGACUGCGCCAAAUCGCCGGCUUUACUUGGGACGAGACUAAACCGCCUUACCAUUCUACCUACGACAACUGGCACGUCUUCGGCACCCGAUUUGUUUCGCCCUUUUCAACCACCGGAACCCCGGCCCCCGCCUCCCCGGCACCAUAUCCCAACACGAGCCCGUCGUCUUUAGCAAAGCUAGCGCCCGGCCACCGCGCACCCGCUCAGGACCGCCCCAACGUUUCGGCCUCUCACAGCGACGCCGGUAGUGAUCGUUCCGCCACAUCUCCCCCUACUGUUGCGAAUCAUGCUACCGAUGCGCCUGUUGUCGAAGAACUCGUCGUUGCCAGAAUAUCCUACCAUGUCCUCCGCGAAGAGAGGGCCUACCAUAUCGCCAAGAGCCUCGUUUCGACCGUUGAUCCCAAUGCCGAGCACAUCUCGAGACCGAUAGACCUCAUUCGUCUGAACCCCUUGCCGGGCGAUCGGGGGACUAUCGUUGUGGGCAUCUACGCAUAUUCUGGCGACAAUUAUUUGUUCAGGGUGUUGGAUAUGGGCCCGGCCUUCUUCUACGCCAAAAAGCACAAUGACCGAUGGGAAGCGCACCGCAAAGAGCAUCCGGUCCUCGAAGAGCCCAUAUCACUGCAGCACUUUCUGGAUUUCGCCAUAGGCGCUACCCAAUGUCUGGAGAUGCUUCACCAUAGCCAGAGCAUUGUCCACGGCGAGAUACGUCCCGACGCCUUCCAUUAUAACCUCGAAUCAAACAAAAUUAAAAUAACGUCCCUCGGCUCUGGCCUGCGGUCCUUCGAGCACGGGCUGACAAGCACAGGCUGGUCUACACUAUCCAAGGAGGUGGGCGCGCGCCAUAAACUUCAGUACAUAAGCCCUGAACAGACCGGACGGAUGCCCGCCGAACCCGACACUCGCACCGAUAUCUACUCUCUCGGUGGUGACACGCCGCUUGAUAUCGUCCAAGGUGUCCUUGGCCGUAGGAUACCCAAUGUGUCCCAGAUACGAAUGGAUGUUCCCGACGUGAUUGGCCGCAUUAUUCAAAAGUGCACCUCAAAGAAUGUGAACGAUCGGUACUUUUCAGCCAGUGGCCUUCGGCACGAUUUGGUAAAGGUGCAAGAGUUGCUUGGGUCCGGCGAUUCCCAGAGUCUCAAGGACUUCCAGAUCGGUUUACGAGACGUAUCUUCCUGCUUCCGGCUUCCCACCAUCAUGAUCGGCCGCGACCGCGAGCGAUCCGAGCUUCUCAAAGUUAUCGAGCGAGUAUCCAAGAGUCAUGGGAUUAACCACAAAGGUGGGGUAAAUUGGGGUGCAGAUGGAUCUGUCUUGUCAAACGAAGUUGUUGACAGUGCUGAAGUCUCCAGUGAAGGCGCCAGCUCAGCCGAAGGCUUGAACAGGCAGUCCGGCUCUUGGGCCCUGGGUUUAUCCCCGGACCCGAGAAACAGAGUCAGCUUGCCCCCUUCGGCCCUAGGAACGAACUCGGUGACCACCUCGGGCGAAACGACCUCGUCAGGCACGUCAACGGGUACCUCGACGAUCUCGGGAGGCAACCGACAGUCCCGCCAGUGGGAAAAGCCAACCUUCGAAACCGCUAGCUUGAACGAGAAUGUCAGUUCUGAUGCAUCGCGAAGCGGUGGAUUGCUGGGCGAGCCCACAUCGACGAUAUCACGCCAGCUCGGCUCCAAAUUUCGAAAACAGAGACAAGGCAAUUGUGAGGUGGUGAUCAUCGAGGGUACCGGCGGUCUGGGGAAGAGCUAUCUGGUCCAGUCGAUACUUGCAGAUGCUCGCAGGAGAGGUUACUGUGCCACUGCCAAGUUUGACACGGCAAGGAGAACCGCCUUUGGGCCCCUUUUGCAGCUGCUAUCCUCCCUCUUCCGUCAGGUCUGGGGCGAGAGAAACACCGAAACGCCUUUCCAUCAAGCGCUCAAACACCAUGUCCGGCCUGUGUGGCCUACGUUGCAUAAGGUUCUUGGCCUCCCCGAAUUCCUCCUAGGCCCGCCGGAUAACAUCCCACAACGAUCCAACUCCACUAGCUCACAGGGUGGUCAGCCCGCGUUGAAACGACGCGGAUCGUCUCCAGAGUUUGGCGGUAAUAACAUGUACCCAAAUUCUUCGAAAGUAUCGUCCGCCACCCAGACAUCACAGGAGUUUCUAAGGGCUGGUGCCUCGACGCAGACUUCCCGCCUCACCAACACCUUCCUCGAUGUACUGCGUAUGUUUACGCAUUACAAAUUCAUAUGCUUUUGUCUCGAUGACCUGCACUUUGCGGACGACGAGUCGCAGGAACUCAUCAGCCAGAUCAUUGGUGCGCGGAUGAAGAUGGUCAUCAUCAUCACAUACCGCCCGGAAGAGAUCGAGCCCGAGAAAGUCCUGCAAAUUCUCAGCCCACCAAAGUCCGAAGAGCUACCACGGGGAGCUGGCGCGCCAAUAAUGACCAAAAUAAAGCUUACACCACUGUCCGAGGACGACAUCAUACAGUUCGUCUCAUCGACACUCUGUCUCCCGAAGGAAGAUGUCACGCCUUUGGCUCUCGUCAUCCAAUCCAAGACAGCUGGAAACCCUUUUUAUAUGCGUGAGAUGCUCAAUGCCGGCUAUAGGAAGAAGUGCAUCUGGUAUGACUACCUGGUUGGCGAAUGGAAAUAUGACCUAGACAAGCUUUUCGAUCAGUUUCAGGGGGAACAAGACUACGACGUUCUCGACACCGUUUUCAUCACCCGACGCUUGAGUGAGCUGCCGCCCGCCUCGCGGUCAAUCCUCGCUUGGGCUGCGUUACUCGGACAGACUUUCUCGUUUGACCUUAUCUGCCGGCUCAUGACUGGCGAGUUUCAUUUUGAGGAGGACAAGGGCAAUGGACAGCAAGAAGAAGAUUGCUCAUAUAUCAUUCCCGCAGACGAGUCCGUCGCUGGACUUGAAGCAGCUAUACAAGCCUGCAUCAUCGUUCCCAGCGAUAGGGAUGAUCAUUUCCGUUUCGUCCACGAUCGUUACAUCCAGGCCGCCGCCGCACUACAAGAGUGCAAUGCUCGAAAAAUGCAUUUUGCCAUCGCCCAAACACUACUCAAGUACCACGCCAACGAUCGCACUUACAGGGACAAUGCGGCCUCCCACAUUUGCGAGUGCGUAGAUAUCAUCUGCCAGCAAGUGCCUCACCGGCGCUCGUAUCGGACAUUGCUCACCCGGUGUGCCCAAGAAGCAGCCGUGAGCGGUGCAAGGCCUACUGCAGCGAAAUAUUACGGCAACGCUGUCGCGCUGCUUCAACCUGACCCUUGGAAUGACGAUGCGGGCGAUUCCUCUUAUGAAGAGACUCUCCAACUCUACAUCCAAGCAGCCGAAUGCUAUCUUUACAUGGGUCUUCACACCACCGCCAACGAUCUACUCCAGACAAUUCUCGCCAAGACAAGGACGGCAGUUGAUAGGGCCCCGGCCUGGGUACUGCAGUCACGAAUUUUUGCUCAGGGCGGAAACUCCGAACAAGCAUUGGACUCGCUCCGUUUGUGCUUGAAAGCCUUGGGCGUGAGCUUCGACGACAACCCAUCCCUUGAGAAGUGUGAUGCCCAAUUCGAGCUCCUGUCCGUACGGAUACAGACAAUGGACCGCAGUGACCUAGUCAACCCGCCCAAGACGGAAGAUAUCACUCUAGCAUCGCUUGGUGCUGUGCUCACCGAGACCGUCAGUGCUGGAUGGUGGAGCAACUGCCUGUACUUUUACCAGCUGUCGCUCUCUAUGAUGGAGUUACACCUGGAGAAAGGUUCAUUCCCACAGUCUGGCCUGGCGUUCCUAUUCUUGGGUAUUAUCGCCUUGUCAAGAUUCAACAUGGUACAGUUCACUGUUGAGCUGUCCGGCAUUUUUCUUGAGUUGCUGGAGAAGUAUCGCGAGCCGUAUUCGAUGGCCAGAGGCUACAUGAUCUAUGCCAACUUUGUCGGCCAUGUGCAGUUCCCGCUCGGCGCCAUCGCCAACCAGCUUGAGGCAUCAGUCGAGUACGCCGCUGCUGUGGGAGACCGGAUCUCUGCCAUUCUUAGCUUUGGGCUAGCUGCACAGCUAAGGUUCUUUGCUAGCGAAAACGUCACCGAUCUCGAGGCCUUCUGCCAGUAUGGCUGUGAGGAGGUACCGAACUGGCAUCUGGACACUCGUGGCGGUGCAAUUCUCAUUGGCAUCCGACAGGUGUGCCGUGCCUUGCAAGGGAAGACGCAAGUGACAGAUCCUUACGAGAUUAUGAGCGACGAACAACAUAAAGUCUCAACUUACAAGUCCUGGCUCUCAUCUAAGGCUAGUGGGGACAGGACGCUCAUGUUCUACGAGUCAAUCGAAAUCGUUCCGCUCUUCCUGUAUGGGCACUAUGAGCGAGCCAUUGAGAUUGGAGAGGUUUGUUACAAGAACAGCAAGUUGGUUUGGUCGGCCAGAAACGCAAAGCUGGCUCAGUGGUUCUACGCCUUGUCCUUGGCUGCUGUGAUCCUCCGCGAACAGCAAGACCCUCGGCGCUUGGCAGACGACACGGAGAAGUUCAAGAGUCGGGUCGAGGAGACGAUUGAGAAGAUCGACGAACUGAACAGGGGGCUGAAGGACUGGCAGGCGGUUAACAAUGUUAACUACCUGGCUUGGACGAAGCUGCUAGAUGCUCAGGUAUCGGAGAUCCGUGGCCAGUACGGAGAUGCCAUUCAGCAGUAUGAAGAGGCGUUGGAUCAUGCUUCGGAAUACAAUUUCCUGUUCGAGGAGGCCCUGGGCAAUUACUUGAUGGCCAGUGUCUUCAUUCGCCACAAGGGCAGGCGCUCUGCCCGGUCCGCCCUUCGCGACUCUAUCGCUCUCUAUCGCCAGCUUGGUGCCACAGGAAUUGCCGACCUCAUCGAAACCGGGCAUAGUAUCUUGCUGCAUGGCCCCAUGCGCAACCCUCGUACCGCUGAUGCUGGUGUCCAGACCGAUUUCACUGGCGACGCUGCGUCUGUUCAAUAUCGGGCAGUAGACGAAGAAGGAUUGGAGGACGAAGAGGAGACGGCUCAGGCUGCAGUCGCAGCGCUGAAAGGGGAACGCAUGACGGCUUGGAGAGGCUCAAUGCAACCAGAGGCUGGGGUUGGCUUGCCAGCACUUGAUAUGAUCGAUCUGCACGCGAUUUUGGUCUCAUCCCAGGUCAUAUCCUCGGUUUUGAGGGUUGAUGAGCUCCUCAAGACCAUGUGCGACGUAAUCCUACAGACGUGCAGCGGGUCCGCUACCCUGGCAGCUCUCGUGGUGUAUGAAGAUGAGAAACAGAAGGAUGGUUCGCCCCUGUGCGUCGCUGCGAGUGGUGACCCCGAUAAAGGAGCUGGGGCGCACAUUCCCGGCAUUCCCCUCAGUGGAACUGACCUCGUGGCCGAGAACGUUAUCUUGUACUGCUCUCGCUUCCGUGAGGUGGUCUUCCUCCGAGACCUUCGAAAGCUGGCUUCGGAGGAACCCAACAGCAAGGCAGUGAUUGCCAUUCCCAUCUUGCAUGGUUCUGAAAACCCGCUCCUUGGCGUCUUGUACCUCGAAGGUGUUCCCGGCUCAUUCACAGACCGAAACGUCACUGUUUUGCAGCUUCUCGUCAACCAGAUCGGAAUCAGUUACUCGAACGCUCUGGCCAUGAAGGCCGUCGAAAAGGUCUCGGCCGAGAACGUCUCUAUGGUGGCGAUGCAGAAGCGUGCUUUGGCUAAGGCGGUUGAAGCAGAGACCAAGGCCAGAAAUGCGGAAGCGGAAGCGAUCCGCAACGUCAAGCUUGCUGAAGAAGCGGCGAAGGCCAAGGAUAGCAACUUGAACAAGGAGCAACUGGAGAUGGCUGACUCAAUACGGGUCUCGGCGGACCUCCUUCUCACGGUUAUCAACGAUAUCCUGGAUUUUUCGAGGAUGGAGGCCGACAAGAUGAAGCUUUACAUCAUCGCAUUCAACCCCGAGGAGAUGGUUCGUGAAGUUGUCCGCGCAGCAUCAUACAGCAACAAGGAAAAGACAUCCAAGAAGAACGUCAAGAUCGUCCACGACAUCAAUCUUCCUGCCAUGUUGAUCUACGGCGACCCCAUUCGUCUUCAUCAGGUCCUCGGCAAUCUCAUCGGCAACAGUCUCAAAUUCACAGAGGAUGGCUCCAUCACCAUCGGGGCUAAGGUGGACUCCGAAACUACAGAGAAGGCGACGUUGACAUUCUGGGUCAAGGACACCGGCAUUGGCAUUUCACCACAGCAACUCGACAAGCUCUUCCUUCCCUUCAGCCAAGCCGACGAGAGCACAGCGCGGAAGUAUGGCGGCAGCGGUCUGGGUCUCAGUAUUUGCAAGUCGUUAAUCGAAUCGACCAUGAAGGGUAAGAUCCGCCUGGAAAGCGAGGAGAACGUGGGGACAACCGUUUGGUUCACCGUCACGUUUGACAAGGCCAAGCCGGAGGUGAUGGCAGGUGAUACCCAGAGCACGUCUCCUGUUCAGAUGGAGCCUCCACGGGACCGCCAACCGCGGCCACUUCCGGGUGCUGCAGAAAACGGCGAUGCCGGCAGCGAACAGGUGCCCAGACCCUACAUCGACCUUACCCAUAUCCCACGCAACCAACUUCGAAUAUGCAUUGCCGAAGACAAUUCCAUCAAUGCCAAGAUUGCCAUGCAGUACAUGCACAAGCUAGGAUAUCCGAACGUCGACACUUAUGACAACGGCCUGAAAGCGGUUGAGGGUCUGCGGGAGAAGGCGCGACAGGGAAACCCCUAUCACAUCAUACUAAUGGACGUACAAAUGCCAGUGCUGGAUGGCUACGAGGCGACGAAGAUGCUAAGAAACGACCCGAUCGAUGCUGUCCGCAAAAUUCUCGUCAUUGCCAUGACGGCCUCGGCCAUUCAGGGUGAUCGAGAGAAGUGUCUCGCUGCGGGCAUGAACGAUUAUCUCGCCAAACCGGUACGAGGGGAGCUGCUGAAGAGGAAGCUGGACACUUAUCUGGGAGCGAGCGCGAGCAUGAGUUUCACUACCCAGCGAUUCCUCGAACGGCGUUUCGCACAAAGACCCAGCAGCCCCCAACCCAUCAACCCCGGCAGCAGCAGCAGUCCCAAAAAAGACGUUGACACUCCACUUUCCUCGCCGGUUCCACCUCCUCUGGCUGAUAACACCGCUGCUUCUGCUUCCACUAUCAAAAUCGGAGUGGGAUCCGCUGCGGCUUCUCUACGAGAGGUGGCGGCGAACAGCGUGAGCGGCAGCGGUUCUGCGCCGUCUUCACCCAAACUCAUCCCUCUCAGCGGCGGCAUCAGCAGCAACUCGCCAGUGAACAACACUAAGAACAACAACGGCCACAGAAGAGGCAGCUCACACGAUAUCCGUCUCCUCCAGGCUUCUGAGUCCGCGACAAGCCUCAGUAACGUGACAAACACCAGCGGCGGAAGCAGCAGCGGCAAGAGCAACAACAGCAGCAAGAAGACUUCGCUGGACAGGCCUUUGUCCUCGCCAUCUUCGUCCUCCAACGAACGACGAGGAUCUGUCCAAGAUUUGGCAGCUGGUGGCGACAAGGGUGACAAGCGGCAGCCUAAGAAGCUGGUAAAGGCUCGGAAAUGA